CUACGCCACUCUCGAGCCGACGUCCAGCACCUUUCACAGCACAGAACAACAACUCAUCCUCUUUUUGUUCUUUUCACUGAAAUGCCAGUUCCCAGCAGCGUCUUUUGAUUACUAAACCAAUCCCAACCUUAAUCAAAAACCAUUCAUUUUUCAAUUCAUCUGAUUGUUAUCAUUAUCUCAUCACCGUCAAAAUCAAAACCAUCUGUCUUUCCAACAGGAGAAUCACUUUCUCUUUGCUUCAAGAUAUGUCUAUGCCCACUUUACAUUACAUUUGAACAGUUGUUUACUGGCUCUGCAUUCUGUUCGUGCUACCCCUCUUGUCGUUUACUCUUUCUGUGCUGUUGUUUUUCCAACCAGACUUACACCAUUUUGGUGUUGUUUCUUUUGGGGAUUUUUUUCACUCAUUGCGUUUUCUUACGGCCCUUUUGUUCAUUUUUAUUAUUUCUCUUACUUACAUUGCGUAUUCUAAGCUCUUUGGAGCUUAGUUUUUAUCAAGAUAGAUGGGGAUUUUUUGGAUUUUGUAAUGUGGUGGGAGUGAUUUGUGAGUAGAGUUUGUGGAGGCUCUUCGGCUUGGGUUUCAUUUACAUUGUGUAGUUAGUUUUUCAGUGAGAGAGAUGAAUGAAAACACAGGGAAAACGGCAUCGUGUUCGGCCAUAACAGAGAAACGGGCGCAUAGACCUGGAGGUUGUAUCGGUAUUUUCUUUCAACUCAUUGAUUGGAACCGUAGAUUUGCUAAGAAGAAGCUUUUCUCUAGGAAAUUACUCCCUCUAGCUCGAGGAAAACAAGUUUCAAAUAAGUUUGGAGGGGAUGAGAAGAUGCCAAAAACCAAGCUUCACCUGAUUGCUAAUGAGAACAGUGGGGGGUUCCCUAAUGUGAAGAAAAAUGGUAACCGUAGUAGUGUUGUUGAUUUAGAGACCAAGCAUGAGAUGAAAGCUCCGAGCUUGGUUGCUAGGCUGAUGGGUCUUGAAUCUAUGCCAACCGUACCAAAAGAUAAUCCCAAGAAACCUUCCUUGGUUGACUCUUGUGAUGUUAGAGUAGAGAAGUUUGUGAAUGAACAUAGUGGAAGGGAAGAUUUGAGUUUGGAGAAAGGUGGUGCUAGGAUUGAAUCUAGGCCUCAGAAGAUACAAAAGACUGGGCAGUCUGAGAGAAUGGCAGUGACUAGGUUUAAAGCUGAGGCUUUGCAAAUUAAGAGUGUUUUGUCACGAUCAAGAAAACUUCAGUCCAAAUUUGCUUCUCCUGUUAAGAGUCCUAGAGUUUCCUUGGCAAGGAAUGUGUCAAGGACCUCCAGGUUGAUUGAUGCUGCUACUAAAAUUUUGGAGCCUGGUCUACAAGCUACAAAUAGAGCAAAAUCGGCGCUUACUUUUUCAAGUUCAACUCAUAAUACUGUCUCAAAUGAGGAUUUUACGGAGGCCAGACUGGGGGUUAUGUCACCAGAGUUGUCAAAGCAGUCUGGUUAUACUAUGAGUGCAGGUAAAUCUCUGAUGGCACAGACUUCUUGUAGAAAUUGUGGUAAUUUCCUUGAUGUUGUGGACUGCCAACCAAAUAUUGAAGAACAAUCUUUUGUUUGUUCAUCCCCCGCUUCAAAUUUAGUCAAUAUUUCCUCUCAGGGAUCUGGAAAGAGUAAAUCAAAGCUUUCCGUAUCUUCCAUGGACAGAGAAAGAGUUGUCAAUUUUCAGCAAUGUGACCAACCUAUAUCUCUGAAUGCUGUAGAAAAUGAUAAUUGCAAUACACAAUCAGUUAGGACACCCAGUCAAGAUAGGAAGUCUCCAUUGCAAGUAGGCCAAGCUCAGUGGCAUUUGACAAGCCAGCAUGGCAAGCCUUUGAAAGAGGAACCAUCUUUUUUUAAUUUUAAACAAAAGACUCAAAACCAAAAUCGAGUGUCCUUGGAGGGAGAUAGGAUCUCCUCAAGGGCCAAACUGAGUAAUCUGCAAAGCAAGAGAGUCUCUUCACCUGUAAAUAAUGUUUCGGGGGCCAAAGAUUCUGUUUCUUUAAACCAAAGUGCAAGUGGUCGCAUCCAGGCUAGGGUGCCUGCCAAACUAGAGAAUUCUUCUUCUGCUGCAGAGAGAAAAUCUUUUAACCAGCAAGAUGACACUUUAUUACAGGCAAGGACCCCAGUAAGGAAGAGGAGGACUGUUGGUGUAAAUGGACAGGUUGAAAGUACUGGCUUUGCCAAUUCCAUGCUAGAAAAACAAAGAAAUGUUAGGUGUGAUGUGGGGAAUGGAAAAGAGAUAAGUCGAAAUGCACGUUCUGUAGAUCAGAAUUCUGCCAAAAGUAGAGCGGCCAGGCACAGGGAUGGUAGUAGACCUAUUGGAAAUAAGGAAAGUAAUGUUAUUUCUUUUACAUUUAAUUCUCCAAUUAGACACAGGAAUUCAACUGAGGUGAAAGAGCAAAUAAAGGAGGAAAAUGACCGUGCUAGUAGGAAUGCAUACCAGCAAAAGUUAGUGGAUGGAAAUUAUGGCUCGUCUCAGCAAAAGCAAUGGCCAUUGAGAGGAGAUGCUUUAGGUGCCCUACUAGAGGAGAAAUUGAAGGAAUUGACUUUGCAAGAGGAUAACUUGAUAGCAGCAGGCUCCUCACCUAAGAGAUCCACUGCUAUGAUUCUUCAAGAGCUUAUAUCAGCUUUGACUACAGACCAGCCUAUCCCUCAGGAAGGUCAUGUAUCUGAUACAGAUGUUGCUUUCCAGACCAAAGCAAAGACAAAAGGGACUUUGGUUGAAUUUGCACGUGAUGGUGAUCAUCUUAGUCCUGGUUCUGUUCUUGAAGCUUCACUUUUGAAUGAUAGCUGCUUCUCAAGUAGCAUAGAUAAUAGCUCAGCGCAUAGGCUGAAUCUUGAUUCCAUGGAUUACUCCCAGGAUCAGUUGCAACCAGCAGAAACUUACACAGACCUUCUGGAUUCUGCAACCUCAUUAAACAAAGGAAGGGCUGGUGAUCAAACAGUGAUUGAACUUAUAAACCAGAUUUCUAGAUUCCUGCAUAGUAUCAAUUAUGCUGGGCUAGGAUUAACAGGAAGCAAGCUAACUUAUGCAAAGGAUGUUAUCUUGAAUGCCGAGUUGUUGUUUGGAAACACGAGUCUUCUAGGUGAAGUGAGAGACUUUCUUGUAUCUUCGGUUGUACUUGAUGAACUUGAAGUUCUUGCUACUGCUAUGUGGCCAAAUUUCAAUUGCCUUCUUGGGUUUGAAGAGACAAAAGAGAGUGUUCAGCUUAGAGGAUUUCUUUUUGACUGUGUAAUAGAAUGCUUUGAUGUAAAAUAUGUUAGACACUGUAACUCCGGAUUCAAAGCUUGGACAAGAUUGCCAUUACGAAUGAAAGCAGAGAUGCUGAUCCGAGAGGUUGGGGAGGAGGUUAUAAGGUGGACUCAUUCGGCUGGUAUGACCCCUGACGAGGUGAUAGAAUGUGAGAUGAGUCAUCAUUCCUUGGGAAAAUGGACAGAAUUUGAUAUAGAAACUUUCGAAACAGGUGCUGAAAUCGGCUUGGACAUACUUCAGAUUUUGGUUGAGGAGACUGUGAUGGACAUCUGGGAGCGCAAAUGCUUUUGCAUUUCAUGAAGCCCUUCUAUUUUGUGAGUUUCUUUUGUUGGGAAGAUGGCCUUUUUUGCACAAAUUGAAGGGAUAGUCUUUAUUAACAAGGGGGAUCAGUGGAUUCUUAGAGAGUAUUGUAAUCAUGCACAUGGUUCUUUUUGAUCAUCUGAUGUAACUUCAAAAAGGCUAACAGCUCUUGACUAGUCUUUCAAUUGGUAGUGUAUGGUGAUGAAAUUUGCAAGGUGAAAAUCUUUUCGGUUC